AUGAAGAAAAUAAAGACCCUAAUGACUCGGAUGAAAAACUAUUGCAAAUUCCUGUUUCAGAAGGGCUAAUAGGUUUAAAUAAGUUUAUUAGCUUUUUUAAACAACAAAUUGAUACAGAAUUCAAAGCUGAGAAUCUUAAAGUAUUUUAG